UGCAGCAUUAUGAAAGAGCUUUAAAAGCAGUAACAGAUGCUUACAGAUGAACGUAUAUUAGCUCACGUCGAGGGGAGAGAGUUCGUGCGUGCGCGCGCGGGCAGCUAGGCAGCUGCAGCUCUUGAGCCGACAGCUCUGCAGUGACAGUGGGAAGUACAAUCCGCGUGCAGUCAGCGCGAGGCAAAGACCUACUGACAACAAGCUGAUGAGGGGACACCACACGUGCUGGAGUGAUGACUGACCACGCAACACUUUGGAACAAAUGACUGAAGUCUACACAUUCAGAAGGUGCCAGAAGUUGCACAUGAAUCUAAUUUGAUUACCUUUGAAUGCGAAAAGAUGCUGCAGAGGGUUUUAUCUACAAUGGGGUCUUAAAAUUGCUCCAAGAUAAUCGACUUCAACGAUUUUACUGACAGGAUCUCUUGGUAGGAGUCUGUGAGUGGGGGCUGGCAUGUGGCCCCCUGAUCUCGGGCCUCCAGAUGUGACUCUUCCUGGAUUUGGGAGUGUGUUUGAGGAUGCUGAGGAUCUUCAGGCGCCGCUGUCUUCUGGUGGCUUCUGCCAGCCAUCGAUCCAAUCGGGAGGCCUGUGCUGUCUUCCCAGGACCUCACUGUCGCUCUCCUCGCUUGGGCGUGACCUCACCUCCCUGCUCAACUGUAAGACAGCCGGAUCCCACGUAGAAAAGACUGUGGAGGACUUUGCAACCACAGCUCACACAGACACCCAAAACAGCACUCAGAGGUUUAGCUGCUACCCUCAGCCUUCCUUCCCAAUUUCCUACAUGCUCACCAGCUGUGCCACAUCUUCAUCUUUCGCCUCGCCACCUUCCUCACUGUCUUCUGCCUCCUCAUCUCUACUUUUUGCAUCUUGCUUGCCUCUUUCUGAUGCCAACAAUAAAUUGUCUCAACAACAACAAAAGCCACAGGAGGAAUAUUGCUCCGUAAAACAAGAACCUGCAGAUGAUUUCUUGCCAUGUAAGAGGGAACAGUUUCAAAUUAGCAACCAGCAGGGGGAGCUGUACCAUUUAAAUCAGGCUUUUCAAGGAUACAGCAAUCAGGACAGCACACAGUCCUCUCUUCAGUCCCCCAUGAUUAACGUACCUGUGGGACAGGACCCCACGCUUGACCAGCAGGAGCAACCGUGUCAUUGGAUCGACUGCAGUGCCACUUAUAGCACCCAGGAGGAGCUAGUGAGGCACAUCGAGAAAGUGCACAUCGACCAGAGAAAGGGGGAGGAGUUUGCAUGUUUCUGGACUGGCUGCGUGCGACGCAACAAACCGUUCAAUGCUCGCUACAAGCUGCUUAUCCACAUGAGGGUCCAUUCUGGAGAAAAACCCAACAAGUGCAUGUUUGAGGGCUGCUCCAAGGCGUUCUCCCGUCUGGAGAACCUGAAGAUCCACCUGAGGAGCCACACGGGGGAGAAACCUUACAUUUGCCAGCACCCCGGCUGCCUCAAGGCUUUCAGCAACUCCAGUGAUCGUGCUAAACACCAGCGCACACAUCUGGACACGAAACCAUACGCCUGUCAGAUACCGGGAUGCACCAAGCGCUACACUGACCCCAGCUCAUUACGAAAGCACGUCAAAGCUCAUUCAGCCAAAGGCCUUCAGGAAAAGGAGGUCAAGGUUCAGGUGCACACGAUGCUGGAAUCUGACAUCUUAAGUGACUGCCUGGCACGCCAGCAUCUCCACAGCUCUGCCUCGUCGCACCAAAAAAACAGCUCACCUUUACCGGCUUUAGAUGACUUCACAGGUGUGUACUCAAACAGCAGCAGCACCGCCCACAGUCGGGGGAAUUCAGAGUUUCUGCCCCCAUCAGCAGACUCGAGGUAUCCAGGCCUGGAGGGAAACUUUGAUGCUAAUAGCCCAAUAUCUUCAUUAACAAGCCCGGGGAGCAUGAGAGAGGGGAACAGACCAGCUUCCUUGUUUGUGUCCGCUGACGUGAUCCCAGCGAGUCCCUGCUCAGACAGAGUAGAUGUCCGGCUGCAGGGCUUCCAGAAAACCUACAACCACCAACAGCAAGUGUUCUCGCAGCAACACGGCUGCCUGUAUGGAGAGGGAAAGAUGGCUCAGGCACCCAGCGAUGGAGGUUUUGAGCCUGCAAGUUACUUCACCAACCAGCCCGCCUCCCACUCUACAGGGUUUGACUUGCUGCAGGACCUGCAGGGUCAGGCGGGGGGCGGUUACUCCUUGCCUCCUUGCCCAGACGACAGCUUCCUCUUCCAGGCAGGUGGUGUCGACCGCUGCCUCAGUCAGAUUUACUCCGUCUAUCUGGACUCGUGAUGGACACCCAGAAAUAUUCUAUGCAGCAUGAAUGCGACAGCUGACAAUCACUCACUUGUGUAUAUAUAUAUAUAUCUAAGGAGCAUUUUAUCAGCAUUGUUCCUUUUUUGGCAAGAGAAAAAAGCCAGUGGGAGUUUAAAUGGUACAAAAAUAACUAGAGGCUGAAAAACUCUUGUUAAGCUGUGGAUCUGUGGACAAACAAACAAAUGGCCAAAAGGGAAAAUCACAGAGAGACAGUACUGUGCAAGAGUCUUGACCCAGCCAACAUUUCUUUAUAUUUCACUAGCAAAAUGGGAAAUAGGCAAUGCCAUUUGUUGAAAUGUUCAAAGAUAUAAGGCAGAAACAGUGUUUGCAGAUUUCUAAAAAGCUUGAAAGUCAAUAUCUGGUAUGAUGCUUUCAUUUAAUUUCUUUAAGUAGUCUUUAGGAAAUGUCCUCCAGACUUCCUGAAGAACAUUUAAAGCUUUUCUUUGGAUGUUUGCUGCAUUGAGCUCUGUGCUCUGUCUACAUGAUCCCACACUGUUUCAGUAAUGUUGAAACAGGGAGCCCAGUUCAUGACCGAUACUGUUCCGUUGUGUGUUUUUCUAUUCAGGUAAGCUUUUACUGCAUCUUCAGUGUGUUUGGGAGCGUUGCCACUAAGAUGAUUAUCAGACGGUACUGAAUGGUGGACCGAAAUCUGACAGUAUCAGAUCUGACAGGAUCCCCAAGGGCAUGUCUGUCAGAUGAUAAUACUAUUACUAGAAUAGCGUUAUAAGCCUGCCACUUCUUCGUUUGUCCCUUGCUUGUUCAGUUCCCUAAAAUUCUUUAAAGAUGCUGCUCAGAGGUCAGUGUAAAGUGGCUUAAUAAACAAAAACAUUCCUGUGAAAAUGCUCAGGUACAAGCUCUAACCAGUGUCCAAAGAAAAAUGUUGAAAGACUUUCAGAAAGCCUGGAGGGCUAUUGCUCAAGAGCACUUUAAAGAUUACAAGAGUGUUUGGCUGCUUGGAAGUAAAGUAUAAUGAAAUUAGGAGUUGGUCAAGAUUUCUGCACAGUAUUCUCAGUAGCAAAGUAGCAAUGACUUUUUUUUUUUUUCUAAAUUCAAAAAUGACCACAACAUUUGUGUUUUCUGGAUAGAAGGAGCUGCAGACUUCAUUUUAUUUGUCUUUGUCUCCAAUGUUGAUCUUAGCUAGUGAGGACACUUCUGCCUCUGCAGUGGCUUGGUUUGUAGGAGAUAAUCAAAGAAGUAAUCCAUAAUGCAAUGCUUCCCAACCUCGUGUGGGUACACAAAGUGGAAUGUAGAAGAUGAUUACAAAGACAUCAGUAAAACGAAACAUCCACAUUCACAAAAUGUUCUAAUUUCAUAUUUUCUUGUUGUUUGUGUGUAAAUAUGUUUUUUAAAUGUUUGCAGUCCUCACAGUGAUUUAGAUAAAACAGUGGAGGUUCAAGAAUAACUCAAAGACAUAAAGUUGUAAAUAAAACGCUCAGAUUCAGCUUUUUAAUUCAACACAUUCAGCAGUUUAAACAUUUCAAAGCUUAGUCCAGCGUUUGGGAGAGAUUCUUGCUGUGUGUUUAUCCGGGUUACAUAAGAAGACCGAUAUCUCUUUCUUGUUGUUGUAUUAACUAUGAAGUUACAGCUACCAGCUGGUUAGCUGAGUGCGGGAUAAAGACUGGAAACAGCUAGCAUGGGUCUAACAAAAGCAAUAAAAUGGACCUAAAAAACAUCCACAGAAGAUGCUUUCAGCUGCUCCCUUCUUUCCAAGGGGAGGCGUAGCAAAUGGUUCCAACCAUUUCCUCCUGAUAAUCAGUCUAUUCAUUUAUGUUUCCAAUGAUAUCUCAUGUAUUUGUGUGGCCUCUGAUCCAAAGAGACAGGAAAUCACAAUAAAGUUAAACUGAAAGAUACUUUUUUCCUGUAGUUCUCAGGAGGAUAUACACUCGGCUUUGCUGAUGCAGUGUCCCUCCCACAUUCAUCCAGGCUUGGUUCUGGCACUGAGGGAGUACACUGGCUUGAGUCACUAGAGGCUGGGUUUGUGUCUCCUCCCAGUCUUAAUUUUUUUUUUUUUUUUGUAUGUAUGUAAAACAAAUGAGUCGACCACAAAAAUGCUCAGUUGAAUGUCUGAAUAGAAAUCUAUAAACUGGAGUCUUAACAUUUAGAUGUGCUGUGAAGGGUUUUCACUUAUUCAAAGCAAAUUCAUGUAUGGAACCUCUGACAUUUAUAGUUUUAUAAACAUAGCCCACAUCCUGAUACAGCUGCAGUUUAUGAUGUCCUUGCCUGUAGCUACAGGUAGCACCUCAGUCAGUUACACAGAGGCCUAUCAACAAAUGUUGGUAUU